CGAAGCUCGUGCAAGAACUACGGGACAGCGUCGACGUGGAGACAACGUCGCAUUUGCCCGCCACGUGUCUUCUACACGGAACGAGCCCGGGCCCGUCGGUUGCAGAGAGCCGGCCAGGAUUACAUACGGGAGUCGACUAGUCCUUCUCCGCGGAGCUGACUUUGCCAGCGGUGGAACGCCGCCAUGAUCAGCUCUGGGACGAUCCCGUUCGUGAUUCCCAAGUGGGGCGCCUUCCUGUUGGCACAGCUGCUGUCGAUACUGCAGAUGAGCCAGCCGCCCGACAUUAACUACUACCACACCGAGAAUCUGCACGAAGAGUACGACUACGUCAUCGUUGGCGGUGGUUCGGCGGGUUGCGUGCUGGCCAACCGACUGUCGGCCAAUCCGUCUGUCAGCGUUCUUCUGAUCGAGGCCGGUGGACCGGAAGACGCCACGACGGACGUGCCGCUGUACGCGCUACUCCACUACCACGGACCAUACGACUGGAACUACAUCACCGAGCCGCAGGAAAAUUCCUGUUUGUCUCUCAAGGACCACCGCAGCCCGUGGCCGCGAGGCAAGGCUCUGGGCGGCUGCAGCGUCAUCAACUUCAUGCUGUACGUGCGCGGCAACCGGCGCGACUACGACAACUGGGCACACGACUACGGCGCCAAGGGCUGGAGCUACGAUGAGGUGCUGCCCCACUUCAAGAACAUCGAGAACUGCCACAUCAAGGCCUAUUCGGACAACGGUUAUCACAGUACAAGUGGUGAGUUGCCGUGCACCUACCCGGACACCCAGACCCCUGUGAGCGAGGUGUUCCUGGAGGCUGGCCAAGAAAUGGGCUACCCCCUUGUCGACUACAAUGGGCCCAGCCAGACAGGUGCCGUCUUUCUGCGCAAGGAAUGCUUCCAGGACACCGAGAUCAGCAUACUUACCUGGUGCUGGGUCAGCGGUGAUCACUGA